AUGGAGCAAGUCGUGGGAGAACAACUCAAGCAUCAGAUCUCUAAGUUUUCAGGGCACCAAGAAAUACCCUGGAUACCACCACCCCAGGGAGCUAUCUGUAUUGAUGUAGAUGGAUUAGUCCAAAAUGACCAGCAAGCUACUUGUGGAGGCCUUAUCAGAAAUAGUGAUGGUGAUUGGAUGAUAGGAUUCCCAAGGAGCAUCAGCGUUUGUUCAGUCAUAGAAGCGGAAUUGGUGGCUAUUCGAAUAGGUCUUGAAACCUCAAAGAAAGCGUGUUCCAGCAACACAGAGAUGGCCAGUGGCAACUCAGCGAGCAAGUCCGAAGAAUCUCACAAAGUGAAAGCUACUGUGACAAUUCAGCAAACAACUGGUGGUCUUCUCUCUGGUGUUGUAACUGCGGGCCUUGAUGGUUUCACAGACUUGGUCGGAAAAUCUCUUCUCUUGGAGCUCAUUAGCGUCCAGCUUGAUCCUAAGACGAAGUCGGAGAAGAGAAUCAAAGCAUAUGCAGAGAAGAAGGAGGCGAAAGAGGAGGAGGAGUACGAGGCGUGGUUUGAGAUACCUGGAGAUUUUGGAGAAGUGGGAGCCGUUGCUGUGGAGAAUGAGCAUCACAAUGAGAUGCUUCUGAAGAAGAUAGUGAUUCAUGAAGAGCAUGGCUCUGUGAACUUCACCUGUAAUUCAUGGGUUCAGCCCAAACAUGAAGGCUCGCUCAUGAGAACCUUCUUCAGCAACAAGUCAUACUUGCCAUCAGAAACACCAAGUGGAUUGAAGAGUCUGAGAGAAGGGGAGCUUGUGGCUCUAAGAGGGAAUGGAGAAGGAGAACGCAAAAAGACCGAGAGAAUAUAUGAUUAUGAUGUCUACAACGAUCUUGGUGACCCUGACACUAAUAUCAAACUCAAAAGGCCUGUUCUUGGUGGCAAACAACAUCCUUAUCCUAGACGAUGUCGUACGGGUCGAAAGCUCUCCCAUGCUGAUCCCUUGUCAGAGAAGAGGAGUAUAAGUAUGUAUGUUCCUAGGGAUGAAGUAUUUGGAGAGACAAAGCAAACGCAGUUCACAGCAACGACAGCUUCAUCAGGAUUGAAAGCAAUCUUACAAUCCUUAAACUCAGUGGCGGCCAAUAAAAAUCUUGUAUUCUCAAGCUUCGAAGACAUAAACAUGCUCUUCAAAGAUGGCUUCUCUGUUCCACAGCUUAAGAACGAUGGAUUGCUUCAGAGAAUCAUUCCCACUCUCAUCAAGGCUGCUUCUGACAGCGACCAAAUCCUGCGCUUUGACACACCUGAAACUGUUAAAAGGGAUAGCUUCUUUUGGUUUUCAGAUGAGGAAUUUGCAAGGGAGACUCUGGCUGGUGUCAAUCCAUACAGCAUAGAGCUAGUUAAGGAAUGGCCAUUGAGAAGUAAACUAGACCCACAAAUCUACGGUCCUGCAGAAUCAGCAAUCACCAGAGAAGUGAUUGAGCAACAGAUUAAUGGCAACAAGACAGUUGAAGAGGCCAUAGCAGAGAAGAAGUUAUUCAUCUUAGACUAUCAUGAUUUAUUGCUUCCAUAUGUGGGGAAAGUGAGAGAGAUUGAGGGCACAACACUGUAUGGAUCAAGGACACUUUUCUUUCUCACCACACGAGGCACCCUGAAGCCACUAGCUAUUGAACUGACUAGACCACCUCUAAAUGGGAAGCCACAGUGGAAGCAAGUUUUCACACCUAAUGGUCAUUCAACCUCUCUUUGGCUUUGGAGGUUGGCCAAAGCUCACGUUCUUGCUCAUGAUUCUGGUUACCAUGAACUUGUAAGCCACUGGUUAAGAACUCAUUGUGCUGUAGAACCCUUUAUAAUUGCAACCCACAGACAAUUGAGUGCCAUGCAUCCGAUCUACAGAUUGUUGCAUGCUCAUUUGAGAUACACAAUGGAAAUCAAUGCCCUUGCCCGUAAAGUGCUUAUCAGUGCAAGUGGAAUCAUUGAGAUCUCUUUCUCUCCGAGAAAAUAUUCCAUGGAGCUUAGCUCUGUGGCUUAUGACCAGCUUUGGCGGUUUGAUUUGCAGGGUCUCCCCAAUGAUCUUAUUCACAGGGGAAUGGCAAUGGAAGAUCCCAGUGCACCACAUGGCCUAAAGCUGGCAAUUGAAGACUACCCUUUUGCCAAUGAUGGCCUUCUCAUUUGGGACGCCCUAAAAUCAUGGGUCACAGAUUAUGUCAACCACUGCUACCCAAACCCUAGCCUCAUACAUUCAGAUCACGAGCUCCAAUCAUGGUGGACUGAAAUCCGAACCAUUGGUCAUGGAGACAAAAAAGACGAGCCAUGGUGGCCAAUUCUCAGAACCCCCAAAGAUCUAAUUGAGGUCAUCACUACCAUAGCCUGGGUUGCCUCAGCUCAUCAUGCAUCAGUCAAUUUUGCUCAAUACGAUUAUGGAGGGUAUUUUCCUAAUAGACCCUCAAUUGCUAGAAUCAAAAUGCCUACAGAAGAUCCUACAAAAGAAGAAUGGGAGAAAUUUGUGAACAGACCUGAGGAUACGCUUCUAGAGUGUUUUCCAUCGCAGAUUCAAGCGACUCUGGUUAUGGCAGUUUUGAGGCUUUUAUCAGAUCAUUCGCCUGAUGAGCAGUACAUUGGGGAUUUCGUGGAGGAUUCUUGGGGUGAAGAUGAGAAUGUGAAGGUUGCUUAUGAGAAGUUCCAUGGGAGGUUGAAGGAGAUUGAAGGGAUUAUUGAUUCAAGGAAUAAGGAUUCUGGUUUGAAGAAUAGGAAUGGAGUUGGAAUGGUGCCUUAUGAAUUGAUGAAACCUUUUUCCGGAGCUGGAGUCACUGGAAAGGGAAUUCCCUAUAGCAUUUCGAUUUGAAUUCUGGGGUUUUAAGCUUAUCACUGAGGAGAUAGCUUCUUAAGUAUUGCUUCUGAUGAACAUAUCAAAUUUUCUUUCUCAUGAUAUUUGCUAUAUUUUAAUAUGAAAAUUCUCCUUCAUA